UAACGAAUUAUACUUGACGUUGAUGUCGGCCCCCUUUGGUACUAGCGUGAAAAUUCAGAUCAGCACUUUUCCUUUUAUUGGUUCGCCAAUACUUUUUUAGCAGGACUUCUUUCAAUCAUUCCUCACGUUCUUCAUAUUGUUCUCGAGUCACAAGAACAUGUCAGAAGAUAUCGACUAUGGUUGGGGCGACGCCCUUGCAGAAGACGAAGGGACUGAAGCAGGUACCUGAGAAUACGUUGCAGCUGCUCUUGAUCUUUCGGCAUCUCUAUUUAUUAUUCUAAGUAACUGACUACGUUGCAGCUGCUCUUGAUCUUUCGGCAUCUCUAUUAUUCUAAGUAACUGACCACGUUGCAGCUGCUCUUGAUCUUUCGGCAUCUCUAUUAUUCUAAGUACAGUUCCUCGGUUAAAAAUAUUUCAGUUUAAAAUCGAUUAAAAAUUCAUCACAGCGGCGCUCGCUGCCCCGGCUCCCCCCCCACCACCGCCUCCUGAGGAUGUGCCAGCGGAGAUGGAGAGGGCCUGCUUGGAGCACUUUCGGAAAGUUACACAGCAAACCCAUCAGCAAUCCAAUGUGGGAGCCGCUAAAAGUUAUGUUCCUCGGAUACCGGUUUUAUCGUGCCUCUUUUUAAAACGAGAGUCCAGUUUUUUAAUAGUGUAAGUUCGUUUGCUACUAGUGGAGACCACUUAUUUGGAGCACUAGCAAGUAUGCUCCUGUUCGCACUCAUUCAUCUUAUUUCAUUCAUAACCUUAUCCUCAAGAACCUCUUCACCCAGUGGAAAUUCAUCUCUCCGACGACAUCCCCCUGCUCUAAUCUUCCUCCGACCGCCAUGCGCAGCUCAAUCGCAAUAUCGUCAACGCCAAGCUAGCUUCCUUUAUCCAGCAGCGUUACGGCAAGUGGGAAGCUUUGAAUCUAGGAUCUUUUUCUGAAUUUGCGAAGAAGUUAGCUGCGCAAGUAGAGAAGGAAACGGCAACGAAAGGUGGAGUAGGGGUAGGAGUAGGAGGCGUUGCAGGAGCUAGUACUAGGACUAGUGCUGGAGCUGGUCAACAUGUUGGACACGGUCGACCAGGAACCAUAGGAAAUACAGGAACCACUGCGACAUGUACUUCACAACCACAAAGCAACCCGCAACUACUCCAACAGCAGGAAG